UAUAUGUCUCUGUUGGUUACGCGUGGCCGAUUGACCAGUUACGACACAUCUAAAGAGAAAGAUUAAUUAAUAAAUCAAUACUUCCACAUGAUAAGAAACGACACGUCCGAAAGUCCCAGUAAUUCCAGCCAAGUUAUUUUAGUGAAAGAAGCGACGAUUAAUACAAUGGCUACACAAGAAGAAGUUGAAUUACCUAACAUGGUAGGAGAAAUGAAGCUUGAUAGUGGUGUAACAAAUGAUAGCCCUGUGCUGGAAAUCAACUGUAACACAUCAAACCCUGACCAGACGGAGGAUCAACAGACCACAGACACCCAACAAACACUCAAUGAUCAGAAGAAAAACGGCAUCAAUAAUCCGGUAUUUUCUGAGGAGGGAACAAUUGAAGAAACAAUUCCCCCUUUGACAUAUGUGGAUUUUCUACCUCAGAAAACUCAUGCAGAAAUUGCAACUGAUCCAACAUUUACAGAUUUUAGCUCCAUCAUUGAACAGGCCAAUUCCUGGCUGACACUGAACCCAGAAUACAGUUUGUGGAAAUGUGAAACAGUGACAUUUAAAAUAAAGAAUGAUUUUACGUCUGACCAGGAUGACCCUGUUUAUAUGGAAUCAGCAUUUGGGUUAAACAGAUAUUUAUCAGGGUUAAGGUUAUGGUUAGUUCCACAGAUGAAUUCCACUUUACCUGUAGCACAGAUAGGUUUUACUACAGCGUUACCAGGGAAACUGGAUGAAUAUAAUAAUGUUAUUGCUUCAUCUCAUAGUACAAUUCAUGAUUCCAUUGAACAACUCAAUAAACAGUUCAUUAAAAAACCAUUACCAGGUGUAAUUUUAAACAUAGAAAUGAUUGAAUUUCAUGAGAAUGAAUCAAGUGGUUCCAUGUCGGUAGAUCCUAACAAGACCUACUGGGAAGAAAAGGGAACAGAAAACAUGGUGAAAAUAUCUGCAGUCAGAGUCUACUUCAUCAUUGGUAAACCUGAAUAUGUAAAGAUUGGUUUUCAUGAUGAACAACCAAGCAUGCAACAUGUUCCAUUUUCGGCUGUUGUAAAGUUUGGACCAUUCAGAGAUGUAGUAACUAAAAUGGGAUAUUGGUUGAAAUCUCAAAAGGGUAUAAGAGUUGUGAAUUUACAGAGUAUUAAUGUUGUAGUUAGUUAUAGCAGAGAUGUUAAAGCUCAUUUAGAUGCAACUCAAAAUUGCUCCACUGAAAAGUCUGGAAUAGAAUCUCGAUAUGCAAAGGUCUUGAGAGCGUUUUAUGUCCAACAGAAAUCUGAUGAAGUGCCAUACUCCUCAUUGAAUCUGCACACCAGACUUUUUGUACCUGUCUUGAGGGAAGGAAAGCUGUUUGAAAGUGUCUCAAAAACCAUGCAGAGGACCAUUAAAUGGCUUGAUUAUACAAGAGUACCACCAUUUUCCGUAGAAACAAUACAGUACCAAGUGUACCUCGGUGGAGAAUCCGUAGGUAACCUGGAGGACAAGGUAGAUAAAUCUGUCAGACGUACUAAUGGUAGAUAUCAGCUCAGUACCUUCAGAAUUUACUUCCCAAGUGAGUUUUCAGAACCUCCACCAGAAAUAGCACCAGAAGUUGAUACUGCUGCCGGCUGGGGAUGUGUUUUAUCAUAAUAUAUAUCAUUUAGUAAACCCAAAACGUGUUCGGACUUACAAUAAUAGAAAAGAGAUAAUGUGAAAUCAUAAGUAUUAUUGGUGUACAAAUUUCUCAUUGCAUUUGUCAGAACAGAAAUGAAAAUUAAUCAAUUAAUCAAUGAACAUACAUAUCAUAGGUUGAUUUUAUAUUACCAAAUAAUUUAGCUAUGAUUGUGAGUGGGUUAUCUUCAAGAUACUGGCUUGCAACAGCUUAAAACCAAUUUGUCCCCAUAAAAUUAAUGAUUUCAAAAUUCCAUAUGGUUAUUUUUUUUGCAUCAAAUCAUUGGGAAAAAGGUUGUAUUAUUCCCCUUUUAACAGAAGGUCACAAUUAGCCCAAAACAAAAUGAUCUUAAAAAAAAGAUGUGCAAUUUCUUUUUGACUUAUUCAUCACCGAAACUGGUAAUUUUAACAUUAGAAAUAUUCCAUAAUCAAAUGAACUUAAAAUUCAUUAUUUGAUUAACAGUCAAAGAAGUUCAAAUGCAGUAUUACUGCCUGUCAACAGAGUUGUUGUUAUAUCAUUCGAUUCUAAUCCAAACUUUUCCUGCCUGAAGUUGUUGUUUCUAUUCAGGCACAUCUUUGUCUUACACAUUCAAAAAAAAUUGGUGUCUAAGAUAUAUCAAAGAAAACUAAAUGUAGGAUAAUAUAAAUGAUAAAAUAAGUAUAUUAGUAUUGUUAAAGAAUUCAAUAUCAAUCUCUUUCUGAUUCACUUUCAUUUUGUAUAGUGCUUUGAUUCAUAAGAAGUUUAGUGUUUGUAUCCAUAACUGAAUCAUCAUUCAAACAUAUACUUUUUGGAACCUACAAGGUUACUCCUAAAUGUCUUUCUGUAUGGUCAAUUUUAUAUGACAGUCAUAAACAUGUAUGAUUGCAUGAACUCACCCAUUUUUCAGAUGUUUCUCUUCAGAAUAACACAAGUUAUUUUUAAAUGAUUAUGUAACCAUGGUAUAUUUUCCAGAAAAUAAUUACCUUAUUCUUACAAGGUGUAUAAUUUUGCAUGUUUGAACUAAUUUAUCUAGUGCAAUGUAUUCUUUUAUCAAGUGAGAUUAUGUUUGUAAAGGGGAGUUAACUUGUCGUAGUUGAAAAGGAAAUAUACAAGACCAUCUUUUAAAUCAAUUUGCUUAUACUUGAUCUGUUUAAGAUCAAAUAUUUUCAUAAGAGCAGUAAAAUUCACAUGCACAAAGUUUGUGCCACAAACAUAUUCUUGCACAUUUUUAGCAAUGAUUUGAAUCAUAUGCUAUUUCUUACAUUCUUUAAAACAUUUCUUCAAUUUAUCCAAAAGUAGUCUAGUUCAUAUAGUAAGCAAUUAAUAUUUGAUUGAAUUUUAUUUUUAAGGUCAGUUUGAACUUAUUUUUAAUUGUCUUCCAUCUAAAAUUUGAAAUAUUUGAACCAUAAGCAAAAAAAGUGUUUUUUUUUUAAACGUUUGGAUAAAAAUAUCAAGCACAUCAAAAUCCCUAGAUAUGGAUGAAAUCUUCCAUUAAGGUUAAAACACUGAGAAAUAAAUGUGUUGGAUUGUUUCCAUUUGAUUAAACCUUAUGUAUAUCUCAUGGACAUAACACACAGUAUAAUUCUCCAACACUUGUCACACAAGAAAUCUGCAAAGUCAUAUAAUUCAUGUAAAUUCUUACAAAAAAAACCAUUUCAUAUACUGUAAAUUCAGAAAUUAUUGCGUGCAUUUAUUAUUGCGAUUUUGUCAUUGUACACUUGAAUGCGAUUUUAAUUUUUGCGAUUUUGAGAACAGUCAUGCUAAAUUCAGUUAAAAUAUUACAAAAUGCGAGUUUUAAUUAUUGCGUUUACAACCAAGUCGCAUUAUUCGCAAUAAUAAAAACCUCGCAAUAAUUUCUGAAUUUACAGUAAUAAAAUGUAUAGGGAUAUAAUUUUUAUCAACCCUAAAAAGAAAAAGGUUAACCAGGGUAAAUAUUCAUAGCAUUUUGGGGUUAAUGAAAAAUUUUAUCCACCUCAGUAAAAGUCAUUAAAUGUAUAAUUUUCCUGAUUAUUUUGAUGACAUUUUGGUCUUGUUUGUAUUUCUAUGCGUUUAUCACAGCUGUUAAAGGUCCUAAUAGGUUAUUGGACAAUUUAUUGAAUUGGUAUUAUCUUAUACAAUGAAAUCUUGAACCGUCCAUGUUCUUUUUGUGUGUUCAUAACAAAAGACAAUAUUGUUGAUUUUUUUUUUAGAUAUAUACUUUUUACUAUGUAUAUUUAUUCAGCUGUAUCUUUAUUUAUAUGUUAAUAUUGAUGACUAUUUAUCAAUGUUUACUAUUAAAAUUGUUGAAAACAAA